AUGGCGAGGGCUAGCUGGCAUCAACGGCAUGCCGCGCACGUCUUUUGUGUCGCGGCGCUGCUUCUCUCGCUCCUCUCGCACACCACCACCAUGGUUGCGGCCGAAAUGGACUGCGGCGAUCUGACGGAGUGUCCAGGUCUCGGGCAGUGCGUGGAUCCCGACAAGCUGUGCGACAAGACGGCCAACUGCAAGGACAAGAGCGACGAGGCCGCGUGGUAUUGCAACCCGCUCGACUGCUCCGACCCCGACACCACCGUGGAGUGCGUGGGAACGGAGUACUGCGUGAAGCCGACUCAAGUGUGUGACGGCAUCAUGCAGUGCCCGGGCGCCAUCGACGAGUCCCCCGGCUUCUGCCUCGACUACCGCAGCUCCAACUGCGAGGAGGACCAGGUCAAAUGCACCGCCUCCUCCGCGUGCAUCAAGGGGUACAUGUGCGACGGCGUCGCGAAUUGCCCCAAGAUCAAGAACGCGACGAGCGGAGUGCUGUACGCGCCCGAUGAGGACCCCAAGUACUGCGCCGCGUACUCGUGCCUGGACGGGUUCCAGAAGUGCAGCGACGAGCUGCAGUGCGUGCUGGUCGAUGCCAUCUGCGACGGCAAGAAGGACUGCCUCGGUGCGUUCCCUUCCCUUCCCGCCUUUCUCCCGCCCUUCUCCCGCCCUUCUUCCCCCCUCCUCCUGCUCUCCCCCUCCUCCCGCUCUUCUCCGCGCUCCCCUUCCGCCCUUCCCCCAGCUUCCUCCCGUCCUUGA